AUGAAGCUUUCUGUUGCCUGUCUCCAGCUCCUAGCAUGGGCCGCAUCUACCAACGCUCUGUUCAUCUGGGAGCCGUGUCGUGUGGACGGUACGUGCGACGAUGAUGGUGAGGCUACGAAGCGUUCGACCCUCAAUCUCGGGGCCGAGGUGAAGAGAUCACCUGUGACGGUGAAUAUCCAUCGAGUGGCCGAAAGAAAGGUUGAUGACUUGACCAAUGCGGACAUACUUCGAGAGGCCCGGUGGCUGUCGAGGAAAUAUGCCCAUCGCCGAGCGGCAAGAUCUCACGCCCAGGGCCACAGUAAACGCGAGAACCAGUACAGUGUUAUGGAGCCUACGCCACCAGAGCAAUCAAACGGCAUCGGAAUAUACCAGGACGGCAAGGACUAUGCCUACUUUGUUCGAGUGCAAGUGGGCUCCAGCAACACCCCUAUGUACAUGCUAUUCGACACGGGUGCGGGUACCACUUGGGUCAUGGGCUCCAAGUGCUCAUCAGACCCUUGUGCGUUACACGACUCUUUCGACAUUUCCAAGUCCACCACCGCCAAGGAUCUCAAGAGCAACUUUAGCGUCAACUAUGGCUCAGGCUCCGUUAAAGGGCCCACAAUCGAGGACUCGAUUAAGCUCGGCGAUUUCGGCGUCUCCAUGAAAUUUGGAGUUGCAGAGACAACCUCGAACGAUUUCAAGCACUUUCCGUUUGACGGAAUUCUCGGCAUGUCCAUGACGGAAACGUCGACGGACAACUUUGGCGUCAAACUAAAGGAGUCGAAGAAGCUCGCCAAAAACGUGUUUUCCGUUUCCCUCAACCGUGGCUCCUCUGGCGUUAACGACGGUGAGCUUACGUUGGGCGGCAUCAACCAGAAGAAAUACACUGGCGACAUCAGUUACACCAACAUUCCGAAAGACGUCUCUUCCGACUGGGCCAUCCCCCUUGACGACAUCAGCGUUGGGACCGAAGGCGUCGGGAUCCGUGACCGCCUUGGUUAUAUCGAUACCGGCACCUCGUUCGUAUUUGGGCCUCCCAAGGAUGUAGAGUCCGUUCACGGUCUUAUCAAGGGUGCGACCAGCUCCGAUGGUAUCACCUGGAAGGUGCCGUGCGACACGAAGCAAGCGAUAUCCAUGACCUUUUCCGGAAAACGGUAUGAUGUGCAGGCCGUGGACUGGGUUGGUAGCUCUUCAGGCGAUGGAAUGUGCGGAAGCAACAUUUAUGGUCACGAGGUUGUUUCCAAUGGCUGGCUUCUCGGGGCCGUCUUUCUCAAGAACGUCUAUACAGUGUUUGAUAUGGAUGAGCUCAAGAUUGGAUUCGCAGCUCGGGAGCCGACAGAAGCUGCGGCAGAACAACCUAGCAGCUCUCCGCCAGCCGACGAGGCGACGACGCCCGCAUCUACCGAGCCAACCUCGGAGACUGAAGGCCCCUGGGCGUUGGAGGCCCCGAAACUUCGCGCGUUGGAGAGUCCACCGGCGCGGAAGACGCAACCGCCACAGCAGAGUCGGAGUCGGCUAAUGCGGAGUCGAGCCAGGGUGGACAAGAGCUUCCAGACCCGUGAUCCCAACCACUGGCACCCACCCACGACGCUUCCUCGUCCCCGAAUCUCGACACACGGUCUCCCGGCUCGAAAGGAAUUCGCCCUCCCCAGCCUAGACGGAACACAGGACCGUGAAUCCUGUGCUCAAGAUGCUAGCGUAGCUGCGGGAAACCCUCCCCCCCACAAUGGCCAAGGCCAGGACAGACGGAGCCCACGCGCGCGAGGAGGCUCGGCGCCGGCGCCACAACACGAGGAGGAAGCCGGACUCCUCGCACACUUUUCCGACGAUGAGGAUAAUGGCCACGGCGGCCACGGCAAGGCCAACGGAAGCGGAAACGGGAACGGGAACGGGAAAGGAAACGGAGCCCAGCUUCACGGCAAACCUCCCCUCCGGUUACCGAAGCGGAUACCCAGCCCCGUGCUCAUAACGUCGCCGCGGACGCCGCGCAGCGCGAACCGAGUGCGUUUCGACCUCACCCCGUCCGUACUCGAGCCGCCGCGCGACUAUUCGAUACGCAUGUCGGGGGACCGGUCCUCGGGCUCCUUUGACAUGCACGACGAUUACGACAGCGACGACUACGAUGACGGCGACGACGGCGACGACAACGACGGGAGGUCGGGCGGGCGGCGUUCGCGGACGCGGCGGCCGCUGCUCACGGGGAUCCAGGCUCCGUCCGUCGCGGUCGCGAACGGGCCCUGGGGCGACGGCGAGGUGCACGAGUGGGCCGAGGAGGAGCGGCGCCGGCCCAAGUCGGACCUGCGCUCGGCGUUUAUGAACAUGGCCAACUCCAUUAUCGGUGCGGGCAUCAUUGGCCAGCCCUACGCGCUGCGGCAGGCGGGCCUGUUCGCGGGCGUGAGCUUGCUGGUGGGGCUGACGAUUGCGGUGGACUGGACCAUUCGGCUCAUCGUGAUCAACAGCAAGCUGAGCGGGGCCAAUAGCUUCCAGGGCACCGUCGAGCACUGCUUCGGCAAGGCCGGCCUCAUCGCCAUCUCGGUCGCCCAGUGGGCCUUUGCCUUUGGGGGCAUGGUCGCGUUUGGCGUCAUUGUCGGGGAUACGAUCCCGCACGUCCUCGAGGCUAUCUGGCCCUCGCUGAGGGAGAUGCCGGUUUUCGGGCUCUUGGCGGAUAGGAGGGUGGUGAUUGCUGUCUUUAUCAUAGGCGUCAGCUACCCUCUGACGCUAUAUCGCGAUAUAGCAAAGCUCGCCAAAGCUAGCACGCUUGCGCUUGUGAGCAUGUCCAUUAUCAUCGUCACCGUCGUGGUGCAGGGCGCGUUGGUCCCGAGCGAAGACCGGGGAGAGAUCACCAGGGAACAUCUUUUUAUCAAUAGUGGCAUCUUCCAGGCCAUUGGCACCCCCACCAUGGACCGCUUCUCCCGCGUCACGCACUACUCCACCACCAUCUCCAUGGUGGCCUGCCUCGUCCUCGGGCUCACGGGCUUCCUCACGUUUGGCGACAAGACCCUCGGCAACGUGCUCAACAACUUCCCCGCCGACAACACCAUGCCCUUCAACAUGAACCUCCACCUCAUCCUCAGCACCAGCCUCAUCAUCUCCGCCACCGUUCUCAGCGUCGUCACCUGCGACCUGGGCGCCGUCUUCGAGCUCGUGGGCGCCACCAGCGCCUGCGCGCUCGCCUUUAUCCUCCCGCCGCUGUGCUACGUCAAACUCACGACGAGGUCGUGGCGGACCUACGCCGCAUUGGGCGUGGCCGCUUUCGGGUGCCUCGUGCUCGUCGUGAGCAUCGUGCAAGCGGUGCAAAAGAUUGCCAGUGGCGAGGGGGGCCUGGGCAAGCCAACUACUGCCACAACCGCCCGCGCUUGA